AUGCGCGUCGCGCACGGGCCCGCCCAGCUGCCCCCCACCAUGUUGCAGGCAGUGGCCCGACGGCUGGUGGCCGCGGUCCCAGGGCUGAAAAAUCUGCCCAGGCCAGUCCGAUUCGCCAGUCCCCUGCUCCUGAGGCAGCAUGGCAUGCGGAGGGGGGCCCCAGCCUUCUCUUCCACCUCCUCACUCCUGGAGUCCCUGAACGGCGCCUACGAUGCAGACCAGAUCCAGGUGCUGCAAGGCCUGGAGCCGGUGCGCAAGCGCCCCGGCAUGUACAUCGGCAGCACGGGCCAGCGCGGCCUGCACCACCUGAUCUACGAGAUCCUGGACAACGCCAUCGACGAGGUCCAGGGCGGUCACGCCUCCCAGAUCUGGCUUGAGAUGGACCUGGCCUCCGGCUGGGUGCGCGUGCGCGAUGACGGCCGCGGCAUCCCCACCGACCUCCACCCCGCCACGGGCAAGUCGGCGCUGGAGACCGUGCUCACCGUGCUGCACGCGGGAGGAAAGUUCGGCGGCGAGGCCAGCGGCUACGCCGUCUCCGGCGGACUGCACGGCGUGGGGCUCAGCGUGGUCAACGCCCUCUCCGCCCACCUCGCCAUCAGCGUGUUCCGGUACGACGACGCCAUCUUCGCCGCCGGCGCGGCAUUCGACCCCGACACCAUCCGCGCCCGGCUGCGGGAGCUGGCCUUCCUCAACUCCGGCGUGACCAUCCACUUCCGGGCCCGGCCUGCCAAGGGCGGCGACGCGCCCUGGGAGGCCCUGCACUACUCGGGCGGGCUCCAGGAGUACGUCAAGUACCUCAACCGCUCCAAGACAGCCAUGCACGAACCCAUCUCCUUUUCCAAAAAGGUGGACGGCGUCACCGUGAACAUCGCGCUGCAGUGGUGCAGCGACUCCUUCUCUGACAACAUCCUGGGGUUUGUCAACUCGGUGAAGACUGUGGACGGCGGUACCCACAUCGACGGCUUCAAGUCGGCCCUCACCAGGAUAGUCAACACGCUGGGGCGCAAGUCCAAGGCGCUGAAGGAGGGUGACCCCAACCUGCAGGGCGACUACGUGCGCGAGGGCCUGGGCGCGGUGAUCACGGUGCAGGUGCCCUCCCCCGAAUUCGAGGGCCAGACCAAGACGCGGCUGGGCAACCCUGAGGUUCGCCGCGUGGUGGACGGCGUGGUGGCCGGCGAGGCGGCGGCCGCGCUGGAGGAGCAGCCCGGCACUCUGGCGGCGGUGGUCAGUAAGGCGCUGCAGGCCGCGCGCGCGGCCGACGCGGCGAAGAAGGCGCGGGAGCUGGUGCGGCGCAAGAGCGCGCUGGUGCGCUCCACGCUGCCGGGCAAGCUGGCGGAUUGCGUGAGCGGCGACCGCGACGCCUGCGAGAUCUUCAUCGUGGAGGGCGACAGCGCGGGCGGGUCGGCCAAGCAGGCGCGGGACCGCGGGACGCAGGCCAUCCUGCCCCUGCGCGGCAAGAUCCUGAACGUGGAGCGCAAGGACGACGCCAAGCUGUACAAGAACACGGAGCUGAGCAACCUGAUCGUGGCCCUGGGCCUCGGCGUCAAGGGCGCGGAGGACGGCGGCGGCGCGCUGCGCUACGGGAAGAUCAUCCUGCUCACCGACGCCGACGUGGACGGCGCGCACAUCCGCACCCUGCUCCUCACUUUUCUCUACCGCUACCAGCCCAGCCUGUUCGAGCAGGGCCACGUAUUCGUGGGCGUGCCGCCGCUGUACCGCCUCGACGCGGGGCGGUCCAAGCACUACUGCUACGACGACGAGGAGCUGGCGCAGCGCACGCGGGAGCUGAAGCCCGGGUCCUACCACAUUCAGCGCUUCAAGGGCCUGGGCGAGAUGAUGCCGGAGCAGCUCUGGGCGACGACCAUGGACCCCGCCCGGCGGACACUGCGGCGCCUGUCGGUGGCGGACGCGGCGGCGGCCUCAGACAUGUUUGGCAUGCUGAUGGGGGACAAGCCGGCCCUGCGGCGGGCGCUGAUCGAGAAGCAUGCGGCCGGCCUGCAGCUGGAAGAGCUGGAUGUCUAG